AUGAAAGAAGAUAUUAAUUUUGCCAAUGUCGAUUGGAAAAUAUUAAAUGAUUAUUUACCAGAAAAAUUACUUGAAGAAUUAGAUGAAGAACAUGAUACUAAUAUCCAUCAAAGAUUAUCUGUUACAUCGAGACAAACAUAUGGUGAUCUUGCAUCGGAAUCUAGAGCAACAUAUUCAGAUCCAUUACAAAAUCAACAUCAUUCUGAUCAAAUAUCUACUAAUAGCAUCCAUCAACUUGAUUUAGAAUCAUUGUCUAAUGAUCGAUAUUUAUUAGAAUCAUUUAUUCAACCAAUAAAUAAUUUUGAUUGGAAUUCUGAAUGUCAUCGAACGAAUAUGCGUAAUGAAAUUAUCAAAAGAUUUCUAACAGCUAUGUCAGUUGAUUAUGAAAAACAAUGGUGUUUAGGCAUGAUUCGACAACGAACACUUAAAAUACUUAUUGAAACUAUUGAAGAAGCUAAAGCAAAAUUAUCACUUAAACGACAUUGGCAACUUCUUACGAAACGCUUUUCAUUUCAUUCCGCUAAAUCACAUUUGGAAAACAUGCUUACGAAAUUUCCUGAAUUUGCAAAUAUUGAUAAUGAUGUUAUGAAUAGUGUUCUUAACGAAGCGAGAAUGUUACAAGUACGUGCAUCACUCGUAUUACAUGAUUUACAACAUUCGUAUAAAAAAUGUUGGGCAAUUGAAAUGACAAAACGAUGUGCUCAAAUGUUAUUAAAACAUGAAUCCGUAGCUAUUGUUCAAUUAUAUGAAACUGGCAUGCUUAAUGAAAAUGAAUAUGCACAUAUUCUUAAACUUAUACAAAAGAAACUUUUUCAUUUAGAAUAUAGUCAUCUUAUGGGUAUUCCAAAAAUACAUUUGAAUCGAGAACAAGACAAUCCAUUUAAUUAUCUUUCAUUAUUUGCUGAUUUAACUGAAAAUGAAAAAGCUCAUUUUAAAGAAUUAUUAGAAACACGACAUAGAUGGUUUCAGCCUGGUGAAGUUCUCUUACGACAAGGUUAUAUUACAUCAGAAGCUUAUUUAAUUAUACGUGGAAUUGUUGAAUGUUCUGAAGAUCUUUUGACAUGCUAUAGAGCAGGCCAUAUUAUUGGUAUUGAUGCGUUAUUUGAUAAAACUUCAUCAGCAUCAAAUCGGACUUACCGAGCUGAGAGCAGUAUUGUUGAAGCUUAUACGAUUGAUGAGUCAAUACUGAAUAUGUUUUUAUCAAAUGUAAAAAUGACUCGAUUAAUUUAUAAUGAAAUAGCUCUUCAUAUGCUGAUCAAUAUGUAUCAAGAGCCAGUAAAUUUAUUAAAUUAUGCUCAAAUAAAAGUUCUCUUAGAUGAAUAUGCUAUAUUUUAUCAAAAUGAAAUUGAUCAUGAUAUAAUGACUAUUCAACUUAGACGAAACGAACGACUCUUUCUUCUUAUAGGUACAAUACAAAGAGAAGAUGAUGAUUACUUUAUAGAUGGUCCUCAAUUGGUAACUGUUAAUCAAUCUACAUCAUUUCAUUGUAUUGUAAAUAAGUUAUGUAUUGCCUAUACAUGGACAUUGGAAAACGAACAAGAAUGUUUACAAAUAGUACGAUCAUUUACGACUAGUUUUCGAUUGUCUGAUUCCAGUCAAGUCAAAGCAAAUACAACAAUGGUUUAUCCAUCCUAUUCAGGUUAUACAACAGAAUUUACUCCACAAUGUCAUUCUUUAAUACAAGUUGCACGAUCAGCUGCUCAUAUGAGCAAUAUUGAAUUGAUUCCUAUGGAAAUAACAGAUCUUUAUCAUGAAAAAAUUUAA